GAUUAUUCAAACUCCUAUAAUCAUAGUAGAUGGGAAAGAUACACUUUGUUGGAAACUAACCCCUACAGGAGUGUGCUCGGCAAAAAGUGCUUAUUACCAUUGCAGGACACACUUGGUGCUCCCAGUCAACCAACGACCAAAGGAAGUGCCGAUUCAAAUCAAAAAUCUUCUUUUACAGGUUUGGAAAUGCAAGAACAUGGUGCCAAGAGUUCAGACUUUCGCUUGGAGGCUAUUGAGAAGAGCACUUCCCACCGAAAAAAGGGCAGGAAAGCUCAUAAACCAUAUCAGGUGUUUGCUGCAACACAGGCUAUAUUACAGGAAACCAAACUAGAAGAUCAAGCUCAAAACAGACCGCUGCAAGAUUUGGUUCAAAAGCGAGAAGAACACAUACAAGCUUCCCCAAUCCAAGACCAAAUUAAUGCUACAGAGUCGGCUAUAUCUCGGAAUCAACUCAUGAACCUUCAGAUGUUACCUACUCCAGGAACAACUGUUGCUGAUCCGUGGAGCAUCCAAGGCACAAAGAUCUUCACAGAUGCGGCAUGGAUGCAACAUUGCAGCUCUCCGUCAUGUGCAGGGCUUGGAAUCUUCAUUCAGCUAGAAGGAGCUCACCAUUGUACUCGACUCCUCAUCUCAGCUAUUUCCCCACCAGCCACUUCAGCACUACAAGCAGAGACUUUUGGUCUGCUUCUAGCAGCCAACUUGGUGCACCAUCUUCAGCUCCAGAAUGUUACCUUCUUUACAGACUGUGCGAUUCUGGCAAAGGCAGCAGCGACUCGUAACAUAAUUGAAAACCCAGGGCAUUGGCAGAUUAGGCCACAACUUGCUACACUUUUCACUAGGUCUUCCUUCCAUGGAGGGAAAAUCUUUCACGUUCCCAGGUGUAUGAACUUCAAAGCUCAUUUCCAAGCAAAACUUGCUACUAGGAUUAAGGACAAGCCUUUCUCUAUCAGAUGCAUUUCUAGCACAGAAGAAAACACAACUUGCUCUUUCAGAGAUGUAAUAUUGGACUUCAGCGAUGCUUUGUGCACGCUUACCUCUGUAAAAUGUUGUUGAGCUUAAUGAAAAACCUAUAUGUU